CUCAACCUUCCUGACCCAUCACUGCCAUUCCGCCCCCCUUCCCUCUCUCCAUUGCCGCUCAAUCACACUGUCUUCACCCCCUGCCGCCUACUUCAACUAUUGUAUCGCAAUUCGCGCAUAUGUCAUCCGUCGUCUAACAAAUUGCUAGCAAUCCACCUCACGGAAAGCGGCCACGUAUUCAUUAGCGGCGACUCCUUUCGAAGCAUUGUACACCACACUUUGCCCAUCAUGGAGACAUGGAUGAGCUGGGCCAUGUUCCUGGUCAUUGGCGCUGCCGCAUACUGGUACUAUGUACACCAAAACAACGAUGGCAUUGCGCGAGGACGGUCGACAACGGGCAAGCCCACCACCAACUCGUUAAAGGAGGCGGUCAACUGGGACUCUGAGACCAAGCCCAAGCAGAAGCAGGCCAAGGCCAAGGCUCCCCGCAAGUCGGUCAAGACGCCUGCUCAGGACACCAGCAGCAAGGCGGCCACUCCCAAGGCCGCUCCUGUGGCACAGGAGGAGGUCGCUCCACCUGCUGCCCCCAUCACCAAGGCACCCAGUGGCAAGGACGUGUCUGAUAUGCUAGGCGAGCGCUCCAUCUCUCCCUCUGUAAUGAGCAUCAAGCCUUCCGAAAAGCCCGCCAAGUCCGUCAAGGCUCAGACACAAAAGGCCGAGGUUGCGCAGGAGACCAAGAAGCAGCGCCAGAACAGGAAGAAGGCUGAGGAGGCCAAGGCUGCGCGCGAGGAGGAAGAGAAGCAGCGCAAGGCUCUUGAGGAGAAUCAGCGCCGUACUGCCCGUGAGGCUCGCGGUGAGCCCGCCAAAAAUGGUCAACAGAGCAAGCCUCCUGCGUCGAACCCCUGGACUGAGGUUCCAUCUCGUGGUGCGGUUCAGCCUCCCAAGUCAGCCCCUACUGGUCAGCUUCUCGACACUUUCGAGGCUCCUGCUCCCGCUGCCGCUGCUCCUGCCCCUACAAACGGCAAGAACACUACCUCUGCCCCUUACAACAGCUUGCCUUCUGAGGAAGAGCAGCUCAGACUUGCCAUGGAAGACUCUGCCUGGACCACUGUUCCCAAGGGAGGCAAGACUAAGCGCAAGACCGUCAACGAGGAACUUGCCGAGGAGCGUGAUGACAUCAACACUAUCAAGCCAUCCCAGCCGGCAAAGCCAGUCCGACCAACGGAGACUCUUAGGGAGAGCAAGAACCCUAGCUCUCGUUACCAGAUUCUCGCUGAGGAAUUUAACCCCAAGACUGGCGAUGAGAUUGACGAUUGGGCGGUCAUGUGAGGUUGUUGACCACGACUAAACCAGCAAUUGGUCCUAGAGACUUGUGGCCCAUGCGUGCAGCCAUGCAAUACCAACGUCUCAUCAUUCUUUCCAAAUUUCUGUCAUGGCCAUGACCGUUAGUAAUAGGGGUC